CCCCGGGACUCCAACCCGGAACUAGCCUCCGCUCUGGCUCCCUUGGGAAGGCCGCGGCGCCUUGUCGGGAGUGGGAGCCUGGGCUGUGAGUGCGGGCCACGGGAACCAAGUCUCGGGCAGAGGAACACCUUCGUCCUCAGGGGCCUCAGACCAGGUGUGCCCUCGGCGGGAAGUUGCACAUCUGGAAAGUACAGAGGCCCCCACCUCGGGUAGACUAUGGCGCCCCCGCGGAAUGUAGUGAAGAUCGCCGUCCAGAUGCGCGACGCCAUCCCGCAGCUCAUCCAGCUGGACCAGGCAAAACCCCUGGCCGCUGUGCUGAAGGAGGUGUGCGACGCGUGGAGCUUGCCUCACUCUGAGCGCUAUGCCCUACAGUUUGCUGAUGGGCACAGGAGAUACAUCACUGAGAACAACCGCACGGAGAUCAAGAAUGGCAGCAUCCUGUGCCUCAGUACUGCCCCAGACCUUGAGGCUGAGCGGUUGUUGCGUGGGCUGCAGAGCGAGAGUUGUGAAGGGCGCCGGGAAGCCCUUCAGCACCUCGUUCUGCUGGCCCCAGACAUGACCUUCACCCGGGAAGUCAUCAGCCGUGAUGGGCUUCAGAGACUAGGCUCCAUCAUUGAGGAUGGGGACGACCUAGGAGAGGUGCUGGCCCUCGCACUGAGGGCCUUCUUGGAGCUCAUGGAGCAUGGUGUGGUGUCCUGGGAGACGCUCAGCAUCCCCUUUGUUAGGAAGGUGGUGUGCUAUGUGAACAUGAACCUCAUGGAUGCAUCUGUGCAGCCCCUGGCCCUGGGGUUGCUGGAGAGUGUGACCUUGAGCAGCCCUGCCCUGGGCCAGCUGGUCAAGAGUGAGGUGCCACUGGAUAGGCUGCUGGUGCACCUACAGGUGAUGAACCAGCAGCUGCAAACCAAGGCCAUGGCACUGCUGACAGCUUUGCUGCAGGGGGCCAGCGCUGCUGAACGUAAGCACAUGCUUGACUACCUGUGGCAGAGAAACCUUCGCCAGUUCAUCUACAAGCACAUCAUCCAUAGUGCAGCGCCCCUGGGCGACGAGAUGGCUCACCACUUGUACGUACUGCAGGCCCUUACGCUGGGGCUGCUGGAGCCACGCAUGCGGACGCCACUGGACCCCUACAGCCAGGAGCAGCGGGAGCAGCUGCAGGCCCUGCGUCAGGCUGCCUUUGAACCGGAGGGGGAGUCCCUGGGCACUGGGCUGAGUGCUGACCGUCGCCGUUCCCUCUGUGCCCGCGAGUUCCGCAAACUGGGCUUCUCUAACAGCAACCCUGCGCAGGACCUGGAGCGCGUGCCCCCUGGCCUGCUGGCCCUGGACAACAUGCUCUACUUCUCCAGACACGCGCCCAGCGCCUACAGCCGGUUUGUGUUGGAGAACAGCAGCCGUGAGGACAAGCACGAGUGUCCCUUUGCCCGGAGCAGCAUCCAGCUGACUGUGCUGCUGUGUGAACUGCUCCAUGUCGGGGAGCCCUGCUCCGAAACUGCCCAGGACUUUUCACCCAUGUUCUUUGGCCAAGACCAGAGCUUCCAUGAGCUCUUCUGUGUGAGCAUCCAGCUGCUGAAUAAGACCUGGAAGGAGAUGCGGGCCACUCAGGAAGACUUCGACAAGGUCACACAAGUGGUGCGGGAGCAGCUGGCCCGCACGCUGGCCCUGAAGCCCAGCUCCCUGGAGCUCUUCCGAACCAAGGUGAAUGCGCUCACCUACGGGGAGGUCCUGCGCCUGCGGCAGACAGAGCGGCUGCAUCAGGAAGGCACACUGGCCCCUCCCAUUCUGGAGCUGCGGGAGAAGCUGAAGCCAGAGCUCAUGGGCCUGAUCCGCCAGCAGCGUUUGCUCCGCCUCUGCGAGGGGACACUCUUCCGCAAGAUCAGCAGCCGACGGCGCCAGGACAAGCUGUGGUUCUGCUGCCUGUCCCCCAACCACAAGGUGCUGCAGUAUGGGGAUGUGGAGGAGGGCGUCGGCCCGCCCACCCCCGAGAGCCUGCCUGAGCAGCUCCCUGUGGCCGACAUCAGGGCACUGCUGACAGGCAAGGACUGCCCCCACGUCCGGGAGAAGGGCUCGGGAAAGCAGAACAAGGACGUCUGUGAGUUGGCUUUCUCAGUCAGCUAUGACCACGGGGAGGAGGAGGCAUACCUCAACUUCGUUGCCCCAUCCAAACGGGAGUUCCACCUGUGGACAGAUGGGCUGAGCGCCCUGCUGGGCAGUCCCAUGGGCAGUGAGCAGACACGGCUGGACCUGGAGCAGCUGCUGACCAUGGAAACCAAGCUGCGGUUGCUGGAGCUGGAAAAUGUGCCCAUCCCUGAGCAGCCACCCCCCGUUCCCCCACCCCCCACCAACUUCAACUUCUGCUACGACUGCAGCAUCGCUGAACCUUGACAGUGAGGUUGGCCAAGGGCCACAGCUGCUGCCACUGUGGUGGCCACAAAGGGUGGAGGGGGGAGAAGCACAGGCACCCUGACCAGCAGAGGCUGCAGCAGAAAUAAAGUCUGCUUGGCUCUUAGACAUGUGUUGAGCCAGCUCUGAACCCUGCAGGCUAAGCCUGCCUUCAAGCUUAGCUGGCAGAUAAGAUGAGGGCAUCAGGCCAGGGCCACAGCUUGGGGCCACAAACCUGGGCAGCUACAGUUGAGGGGCUGGUGUUCCGAAGGACGGUGGGGACCGGCUGGCCCUGUUACCUUUCUCCAGCGUGAGUCCUCAGCCUCCCUCAGUGCUAAGCCUGCAAAGAAGGAUGGCCUGUAGUCUGGGGGCACCAGCUGAGAGAGGUCUGGGGCUGCCAGCCAGCUGAGGGUGAGGUGGUAGGGCAGGAGGCAUUUCCCCAAGUGGAUGCCUUUCUGGGCGCCAUUAACAGGGGCCUAGUCUGGGAGCCAUGUUUCCAGAAGAAGACUCCUGACAGUCUGAGCUCAGUCCUCAACCCUGCUUGGCCCUUCCCCUGCGUCAUUUGUGGGUCGUGACGGCCUCCUGUUGAGAGGCGUGAAGGGAGAGAUGUGAAGUUGGGUAUGCUUUGUGCUGAAGGGCAAACUCAAGGUUCCAAAAGAUGUCCCCCAGGCCAGUGGGAGGAUGUAGGCUGAUUCUGACAAGGGGGAAUUUAGUGCAGCAAGCCUGCAUUCUGAUUAAAACCCAACUGCAGCAGCAUGGGUGGGGUGGGGGCCACAGACAGGCCAGCUGGAGGUGAAGCUCGGAGGCUAUGGUCACAGACCCCAAGCCUCUGAGGCAAAGAGGAGCACACCCACCCACAGGACCCACGGGCAGGCUGGAAGCUGCCAGCCACCACCCUCUGACCUCCUCCAUGCCUCUCACUACCUCUCUUUCCCAGUGCCUCCUCAAAAUAUGUUUUUUAAGCGUUAACCAUCA